AUGGGCUGGGUAUACAAUGCCUCCCCCGAAGCUGAGGCUUCGUCGCAGUACCGCCUCAUCCUAGGGGUAUGUCUGAGUCUAACUAUCUUGAUGGUUAUAACUGUCUCUUUGCGACUGUUUGUUCGCGCUAAAGUCGGUCGAUUGGCGGCAGCAGACUAUGUGAUGGUUAUGAGCAUGGUCAAAAGUCGAUAUGGACUAGGAUUGCCCCUUUUGCAACGCCCUAAGGCAGAUCUUUCGACAUAUUCUCAAUUCUGGAAGGCAAUUCUAGAAGCAGAGAUAGCUGACACGAGAACAAAACAGUUGAAUUAUGCGGGACGUCCAUUUUAUCAGAUCGGCAUCGGAGGAUUUAAAGCUUCGCUGUGCCUGAGCUAUCUGCGAUUGAUCUCCGGCACUUCCAAAACCCUAUAUCGGAUUGUCAUCUGGGUUGUGAUCGUCUUGUCUACUUUGGGUCACAUCGCUGGGGCUCUUGUCUUGAUUUUCAAUUGUACACCGGUUCAACGCGGAUGGAACCGCCAACUCGAGGGAACGUGUCUCCCGGUCGGGCCAACAUUUUACGGUCUUGCAAUCUUCACCAUUAUCUGCGAUGUGACCAUCAUCAUACUGCCAAUCCCCCUGCUCCUCAGUCUGAACAUCAAGCCGAUACAGAAAGCUGGUGUAGUGUGCCUGUUCCUCCUUGGUCUUUUCACCACUAUUUGUUCCAUAUUGCGGCUCACGCAGAUUCAUCGUGUGGCAUUCGGGGACGGAAAUUCGACGAUGCUUGUUUUAUGGGGAACCAUCGAGUUUAACGUGGGGAAUAUUGUGACUUGUGCUCCCUAUCUGGCGCCGUUGCUGAAGGGAUAUGUGCGAGGCCUUGGCACGAGCAGCGGCAAGAACAAGAGAUAUUACACUGAUGGUCGAAGCAAAAGUUAUGCAUUAGACAAUUGGUCAAAAGAUCACCGUUCGCAGUUGCAGUCCACUGCUUCCGGCCCAGUACAGCCGAGACGAACACCAAGCGAGGAGCUCAUUUUGGGUACUCGAGAGCCGGAUCAUGGGGGCAUCGAGAUGACAGUGGAGUACAGUGUGUCCUUGGAAGGGAAGCCGACCAAGCAGAGUACCUUAUGA